CAUCGGAUUAUCAUCUCACAUUGUCCACUAACGGCUUCCAGAUUUCUCUUUGCUUUUUACUCUCUGCCGCCCACACCGCGGUGUCAAUUCACUCGUUCUUCUCGCUUCUUCUCCACGUUACCGCCUCCCACCGUCCCACAAAUACCCCUCAACCCCCGGAAACGGAGAUCCUCAAAGUGUCAGGACAACGGUCUCAGACUGAAUUGAAAGGUGAUACACUCAAUGUCUAUUCUCGAUACCACAAAAGACCUCUCGGCCCUGUUCACCAAGCAGGUCCAUGCGACUCCCGAUGCCCCCGCGCUAGAAGAUGAUUCCACCACAUACACCUAUGCCGAACUAGAUAACGAAGUGGAUGCUCUGGCUCAGCGUCUGCGAAGCUAUGGAGUCGGACGAGACAGCCUGGUUGGCGUGCUUCUCCCUCGGAGCGCUCAUUAUGUGAUCGCCUGCCUGGCCGCUCUUCGUGCAGGAGGAGCAUUCCUUGUUCUCGAGCUGGCUUAUCCUCCUGAUCUCCUGGCAGACGUCCUUGAAGACGCGAAGCCAGUGGUCGUGGUGACUCACCGCACCGAAGCAAAUAAGGUCAAAGCCGAUGUGCCGUUGAUCGCUCUCGACGAGCCCGCGACACAUGCCAACGGACACACCAAGGAACCGUCGACUCCUCUGCCGGCCGAGGAUGAUCUCGAUCGACUCGCCUUUGUCUCAUAUUCCUCAGGAACUACAGGCAAACCCAAGGGAAUUGCCAACCCACAUCGAGCGCCUGUGCUUUCGUAUAAUCUCCGAUUCGGCGUGCAGGAUCUGCAGCCUGGUGAUCGGGUGGCCUGCAAUGUGUUCUUCAUCUGGGAGAUUCUGCGCCCUCUGCUGCGUGGCGCCACUGUCGUGGCGGUUCCGGACGACGUUAGCUACGAUCCCGCAGCGCUGGUCGAUCUUCUGUUGGCCAAACGCAUCACCGAAACUCUCAUGACGCCAACGUUGCUGGCCACCGUGCUCGCGCGUCACCCUGAUCUCGGGGCUCGGUUGCCCCAUCUACGCACAUUGUGGCUGAACGGCGAGGUGGUCACGACCGAUCUCGCUAGACGGGCCAUCAAGGUCCUGCCGUCUACCCGGCUACUCAAUUGCUACAGCGCAUGCGAAACACAUGAGAUUGCCUGCGGCGAUAUUCGUGAGAUGCUCGACGACAAUACCCCGUAUUGUCCGGUGGGCCCGCCUCUGGAUCCGAAGCACACCUAUAUUCUGGGUGAAGAUGGCAAGACAGUUCCCGAGGGCGACAGUGGAGAGCUCUUCGUUGGAGGGCCCCUUCUUGCCCGCGGAUACCUCAAUCUCCCCGACACUACCGCCAAAGCCUUCACGGCGGAUCCGUUCGACUCUACACCCGGUGCGCGCAUGUACCGCACCGGCGACCGAGCUCGCAUUCUGCCUUCGGGGCUGCUGGAAAUCACCGGUCGUGUAGGUGCAAUGAUCAAGCUGCGUGGCUAUUCGGUGGUUCCUGGUAAGGUUGAAAACGAGAUCGUCAAACACUUGGCGGUCAGCCAUUGUGCCGUGAUCGCGCACGGCGAAGGAUUGGAUCGCCAGCUGGUGGCGUACAUUGUCCGAGACCAGGACAGCACCGAUCGUCCGGUCGUCGAAAUCAACCCGUCGGGUCACAGCCCGGCGGCGCGGCAGACUUUGGCGCCGUACCUGGCUCAAUACAUGAUCCCCGCCCUGUGGGUGGAAAUGGACGAGCUGCCGACCCACGAGGUGUCUGGCAAGGAGAAGGAUCCCAUCGGUAUUGACCAAGUAGCCGCCAUCUGGGCCACAACACUGCGAACCCCAAAGGCGUUGCUGAAGCCGACCGACAAUUUCUUCGACCUAGGCGGCCACUCCCUUUCCCUGGCGGAACUUGCCUCGAAAUUCUCGCGAGAGUUCGGUUUCCGUGUUCCCAUCGCGCGUUUGGCCGAGAACUCUACCCUGACCGGUCACCUGGAGACCAUGCGUGCCAUCCGAGACGGCCACACCGCUGCCGUGCAGGCUGAUCUGCCAGCUGUGCUACGUGCAGACGCAACGCUGGAUGAGGACAUCCGACCUUCUGGUGAUGCGAAGAUCCGAUCCGCGACGGAUGCUCAAACGGUGCUGUUGACCGGUGUGACUGGAUUCCUGGGGGCUUUCCUCCUCCACGAUCUGCUGGAAAGCACAUCUGCGCACAUCAUCUGUUUGGUGCGUUUCAACGAACCUGCGAACGAUGAUCAACCUGGCGGCGUGGCUCGUAUCCGUCGCAAUCUGCUCGAUCUCGGUCUUUGGCGCGACUCGAUCAUGGAACGCGUCGAGAUCCUUCCUGGUAACCUGUCCCGAUCGCGCUUUGGCCUGUCCCCCGAGGCGUUUGACGAACUGGCCGCUCGGGUGGAUGUCAUUGUCCAUGCCGCUGCUACCGUCAACCUGGUGUACCCCUACGCAGCCCUGCGUGGGCCCAAUGUCGGAGGAACCAGGGAAAUUCUGCGUUUGGCCGCCAAGGGCGGUGCAACAGUACAGUAUGUCUCUACCAAUGGCGUUUUGCCGCCGUCUGGCGAAAAGGGAUGGCCCGAGGACGCUAUGCUACCCGUUGAAGACGUUCCCACCAAGCUGCUGGACGGAUACGGACAGACCAAGUGGGUGGCUGAGCAGCUGGUCCUGGAGGCCGGUCGCCGCGGCCUGCCCGUCAAGAUUCACCGUGCGGGCACGAUCAGCGGUCACAGCGUCACAGGAGCGGCCAAUGCCUGGGAUUUGUUGUCGGCAUUGAUAGUCGAAUCUAUCAAGCUGGGCUACGCGCCCGACGUCGACGGCUGGAGGGCCGAAAUGACUCCGGUGGACUUUGUCAGCAAGGCGAUUGUCCACCUGGCUACGCAGACGCAGGCCGACCAGACGAUUUUCCACCUGGGUGACCCGGAUCCGGUAGACACGAGACAGGUGUUUGACGCCCUGUCGGAGCUGGGAUACCCGACCAAGCGACUCGGAUGGGAUGAGUGGGUGGCGCUGUGGACCGAAAAACAAGGAUCGGUCAAGGGAGGCGACGGCGCAUUUACAGUUGACAUUCUGCGAAGUGGUAUGCCCACAGUGGAAUUCCUGAGGGGAAUCGUCGUGCUCGACAACGCGGCUACCAGGCCAUUCCGCGCCGUGGUAGAACGGCCCAAGGUCGAUCGCGCAUUGUUAGAGACUUAUACUCGCCAUUGGUUCGCUCGUGGAUGGCUUCCCAAGGCUCCUGUCCGGUUGGGCAAGCCUCUUACCGCCAUCCGGGGUCCAUUGGACGGCCGUGUGGCCGUCAUCACCGGCGCUUCAUCCGGCAUCGGUGCCGCCGUGGCCACCGCCCUUGUUCGCGAAGGAUGCCAUGUUGCACUGGCGGCUCGCCGCAUGGACGCGCUGGAGUCUCUUCAGCGGCGGCUGUCCGGCCAAGGCAGCAAGAUCCUCAUCCAGCGCACCGAUGUCACCGACCGUGCGCAGGUGGAAGCACUGGUGCAGGCUGCAAACGAGCAGCUGGGUCCGGUCGAUAUCCUGGUGUCCUGCGCUGGUGUCAUGUACUACACGAUGAUGGCCAACGUCAAGACAGAUGAAUGGGAGCGCACAGUCGACGUCAACUGCAAGGGUCUCCUGCACUGCCUGUCCUCGACGGUACCCGGCAUGCUGGCCCGCGGCAGCGGCCACAUCGUCGCCAUCUCCUCCGACGCCGGACGUAAGGUCUUCCCCGGGCUGGGGGUAUACUCGGCCAGCAAGUUCUUCGUGGAGGCGACGCUGCAGUCGCUGCGCUUGGAGACAGCGGGAAUGGGGCUGCGUGUGACAGCAGUCCAGCCGGGGAACACGGCCACCGAUCUGCUUGGGAUGUCGACGGACGCGGAGGCGAUCAAAAAGUACGGCGAGCCGUCGGGGGCGAAGAUUCUCGACCCCCAGGAUGUGGCCAAUUCGAUUGUGUAUGCGCUGCGCCAGCCGGCGCAUGUGGCGGUGAAUGAGCCUAUUUAGACAUACAGAUUUUAUAGGCUCGCUGUACUUAACUUUAUAGACUAAUUGAUUGUGUCUUACGACCAUCCUGA